GGGUGCUGCAGGACCGCGGGCGGAGAGUGGGUCGUGGGGGCUGGAAGAGGCGGGGAGAGGACAGGAGGGGAUGGAGGGCCGUGGUGGGGAGAGGGUGCAGACCCCCAUCCAGCAAUGGGGCAGGAGCAGCAGGCAGGGGAGUGACCUAAGAUCUGAACAUCCCACAGCCCUCCCAAAGCCCCCCCCACCCCGUCCCCCCACCCCAUCCUGGGUGUCUGAAGUGGAGACAGUGAGACCCCAGAGGCUGUGGUAUCCCCCUCCCUGCCCCUGGGUCAGCCUCAUGGGCCCAUCCUGCCCAGUGUCCUGCCCCAUCCCCAUCCCCAUCCCCAUGCCCCAGGUCAGGCCAUGGAGCUGGGUUCAAAUCAUAGGCCGUUCCCUGUAGCAGAUAUUGUCCUGCUGCGUCGCACACCCUGAUCUCACCUGUCCCGGCCCCCGAGCAGGAUUUCUGAUCCCUGGGCCGGACGCGCUGUCCCGGAUGGAGCGAGGGGCAGAGCCAGGGGUCCCAGGUCCCCAGGGCGCUCAGGAGACCCCGAGAGACGCCUGCACAGUGCGUGGGAAUGAGGAGGUGACUCAGCCAGGGGUGGCGCAUGAGACACUGCCAGGAGGAUCCGGAGGGGACAUGUCCAGGAGUCUGGAGCCAGGGAAAGCCUCCGAGGGACAGCAGGGGAACCUCACGGAGGAGAGUGGGGGUGAACCCGCUCCCCAUGGGGGCGACACAAUGGACCUGAGCGAAGCCACGGCCCGGCCAGGGCGACUCUACACCUGCCCGGAGUGCGGGAAAAGCUUCAUGCAGAGCUCGCACUUCAUCCGGCACCAGACGGUGCACACGGGCGAGCGGCCCUACCAGUGCGCGGACUGCGGGAAGAGCUACCGGCAGAACUCGGACCUGGUGAGCCACCGCCGGCUCCACACGGGCGAAGAGCCCUUCCACUGCGCCGAGUGUGGGAAGCGCUUCCGCCAGAGCUCGGAGCUCAUCAUCCACCAGCGCAGCCACACGGCCGAGGCCCCCUACCCGUGCCCUGAGUGCGGGAAGCGCUUCCGCCGCAGCUCGCACCGCCUGGCCCACCAGCGCACCCACACCGCCGAGCGCCCCUGCAAGUGCCCCGACUGCGGCAAGGGCUUCCGCACCAACUCGGACGUGGCGCAGCACCGGCGCACCCACACGGGCGAGCGCCCCCACCAGUGCCCGGACUGCGGCGAGCGCUUCAGCGUGCGCUCCACACUGGUCAACCACCGCCGGGUGCACACGGCCGAGCGGCCCUUCGCCUGUGCCGAGUGUGGCAAGCGCUUCACCCAGAGCUCCACCCUCAACCGGCACCGGCGCAUCCACGUGGGCGAGCGGCCGUUCCGCUGCCUGGAGUGUGGCAAGAGCUUCAACCGCAGCUCCAACCUGCUGACGCACCGGGUGCUGCACACGGGCGAGCGCCCCUUCCACUGCCCCCACUGCCCCAAGAGCUUCAACCAGCGUGCCAACCUGCUGACCCACCAGCGCACCCACACGGGCGAGCGCCCCCACCAGUGCCCCGGCUGCGGCAAGCGCUUCAGCCAGAGGGCCAACCUGCUGGUGCACCAGCGGCUGCACACACGGUCUGUGAUUCCGGGAGCCUCCCGGCCCCUCCGGGAGGUGGGAACCGGCCGGGAGAGGCGGGUCCGGGGGCGGGUCCAUGCCCCCCCCAUCCCGGGCCCGGUCUCCCCGCCCCGCCCCCCGGGGGUUGGGCUUCCUGGGUCAGCGCCGCAGCUGCUCCCGGCCCGGGCGGGGGGAGCCCGGGGGUCGCGCUGGGCUGGAGCCGCCCCUGGGCCGGGCAGCGCCGAGCGCCGCCGGGCGCCGCCGGGCGUGGGAGCUGCUGCGCCGGGCCGGCAGGGACUGUGGUAUCCCCCUUUCUGCCCCCUGUUCAGACCCCUAGGCCCAUCCCUCUCGCUAUCCAGCCCCCUUCCUGCCCCCUAUGUCUGCCCCCUGGGCCCAUCCCUUCCGCUAUCCAGCCCCCUUCCUGCCCCCUAUGUCUGCCUCCUGGGCCCAUCCCUCCCGCUAUCCAGCCCCUUUCCUGCCCCCCCGGGUCAAUCCCGCCCAGUAUCCAGCCCCCUUCCUGUGCCCGCUGAUCAGCCCCCUGGGCCCUUCCUGCGCAGUAUCCAGCCCCCUUCCUGCCCCCCGGGCCCAUCCCUCCCAGUAUCCUGCCCUCUCCCCAUGCCCUGGGUCAGACUGGUCGAGCUCUGUAUCUCCCCACCCCCCUCCCCGCGCCCUGGACCAACCCGAAAAGCGGCUGCGUUAGAAUCCUGGACCCUUCCAUGUAACAAACAUGGGGCUACGUUCCCAGCUCUGAUCUCACCUGUUCCUGUCCCCCGAGCAGGAUUUCUCAUCCCUGGACUGGACGCGCUCUCCUGGAUGGAGCGAGGGGCAGAGCUGGGGGUCCCAGGUCCCUGGGGCGCUGAGGAGACCCCGAGAGACGCCCGCACAGCAGGCCAGGGGCUGGUGAGCGAGACCGAGGAGAAUCCCGAACAGGAUGGUCCGGAGCCAGCAGAACUGUAUGGGAUGUUCCCGGGACGUUCCCAGAGUCCUCAGCAGGAAGUGGCCUGCGAGCGCCAGGUUGACAAUGCCACGGCGGAGAGACUGGGUGAAUCCGCGCCGUACGGGGUGGAUUUCACAGGCCCCCACGGGACUGUGGCCCAGCCCAGAGCCUCCCCGGGAGACAGACUCUUCACCUGCCCCGAGUGCGGAAAGGGCUUCGGGCAGAGCGCCCACCUCAUCCGGCACCAGACCGUGCACACCGGGGAGCGGCCCUACAAGUGCCCCGAGUGCGGGAAGGGCUUCAGCCAGAGCUCGGACCUGACCACGCACCGGCGCAUCCACACGGGCGAGGAGCCCUACGGCUGCGCCGAGUGCGGCAAGCGCUUCGCCCAGAGCUCCAACCUGAUCCGGCACCAGCGCACCCACACGGCCGAGACCCCCUACCGCUGCCCCGACUGCGGCAAGCGCUUCCGCCGCACCUCCCACCUGGUCAUGCACCAGCGCACCCACACCGGGGAGCGGCCCUACCGCUGCCCCGACUGCGGCAAGCGCUUCAGCCACGGCUCCCACCUGCACCGGCACCAGCGCAUCCACACGGGCGAGCGCCCCUUCAAGUGCCCCGACUGCGGCAAGAGCUUCGGCGUCAAGUCCACCCUGGUGACGCACCGGCGGGUGCACACGGCCGAGCGGCCCUACGCCUGCGCCGACUGCGGCCGGGCCUUCGCCCAGAGCUCCACCCUCAACCGGCACCGCCGCACGCACGCGGCCGAGCGCCCCUACCGCUGCCCUGACUGCGGCAAGAGCUUCAUCCAGAGCUCCAACCUGGUCACCCACCUGAUCCUGCACACGGGCGAGCGUCCCUUCCACUGCCCCCGCUGCCAGAAAACCUUCAGCCAGAGCUCCAACCUCAGCCGCCACCAGAGGACCCACGCGGGGCGCCGAGCCCGCCCGUGCCCCGAGUGCGGGGAGAGCGUCUCGCGCGUCUCCGGCCUGUCCGCCCACCAGAGACGCCAUGCGGGGCAGGAGACGCCCUCGCCGCCCUGCUAGGGCUGGCUGGUUCCCCAGUAC